UAUUUGCGAUUUUACAAAUAAGAUGAUUUUUCUAGGUUAUGUUCACUGCCCCAUGAAAAAAUUCUCUUCUCUCAUAUUGGAGUACUGGAAAAAAUGAAAUCCUUCAAAAGCUUGUACGUACAUACCAAAAAGUCCAAAAAGAGAAUCUUUAAGACUUUUUUUUUCAAUCUAGAAAAACACAAGAAAACUCUCAAAAUUAAGAAAAUUUUUCAUCAGUACAUCGCAGUAAUCGCGAAAUGAGAGUGAAACAAAAGGAAAUAUCCAACGAUUUUCCCAGAGAGAAUCCGUUUGAAUUGUUUGGUGGGGUAACGAAUGUCGUGGUAAAUAAGAAAAAUUGGUCAAUUUUCCCCGUUUUUCCUCGUGAAUGUGGCUUCUUGGUGACACAGAAGGAUGGUUUUAGCAGAUUUAGGACGGAAGAUCACCUCGGCGCUCCAGUCGCUGAGCAAGGCGACGGUGAUCAAUGAGGAAGUGCUCAAUUCUAUGCUGAAGGAGAUAUGCGCUGCCCUCCUGGAGGCCGAUGUCAACAUAAUGCUGGUGAAGAAGCUGCGUGAAAAUGUACGGGCCGUGAUUGAUUUCGAGGAGAUGGCUGGGGGGCUCAAUAAGAGGCGCAUGAUCCAAUCGGCUGUGUUCAAGGAGCUCGUGAAACUCGUCGAUCCGGGCGUGAAGCCCUACCAACCCGUCAAGGCGCGCCCCAAUAUCAUAAUGUUUGUCGGACUCCAGGGCUCCGGGAAGACGACAACGUGCACAAAGCUGGCCUAUCACUACCAGAAGAAGAAUUGGAAGUCCUGCCUCGUGUGCGCCGACACAUUCCGUGCUGGUGCGUACGAUCAGAUUAAACAGAACGCCACAAAGGCACGCAUUCCCUUCUACGGAAGCUACACCGAAGUAGAUCCCGUGGUUAUUGCCCAGGAUGGUGUGGAGAUGUUCAAGAAGGAGGGCUUUGAGAUGAUUAUUGUGGACACGAGUGGGCGGCAUAAGCAGGAGGAGUCUCUCUUUGAGGAGAUGUUGGCAGUUGCAACCGCUAUUCAACCUGACAACAUUAUCUUCGUGAUGGAUGCCACAAUUGGGCAGGCUUGCGAAGCCCAAGCUAAGGCAUUCAAGGAGAAAGUCGACAUUGGCUCUGUGAUCAUCACAAAGCUCGAUGGACACGCCAAAGGAGGAGGAGCACUCUCAGCUGUUGCUGCCACAAAUAGUCCCAUCAUCUUUAUCGGAACUGGGGAGCAUAUUGACGAUCUGGAACCCUUCAAAACAAAGCCAUUUGUGAGUAAACUUCUGGGCAUGGGUGACAUUGAGGGGCUCAUUGAUAAAGUGAACGAGCUGAAGCUGGAUGACAAUGAGGAGCUGCUGGAGAAGAUAAAGCACGGCCAGUUCACAAUACGCGACAUGUACGAGCAAUUCCAGAACAUCAUGAAGAUGGGACCCUUCUCGCAGAUUAUGGGCAUGAUUCCGGGCUUUUCGCAGGACUUCAUGACAAAGGGUGGCGAACAGGAGUCCAUGGCGCGGAUAAAGCGCCUCAUGACCAUGAUGGACAGCAUGUCGGACGGGGAGCUCGACAAUCGCGACGGUGCCAAGUUGUUCAGUAAGCAACACACGCGCGUCGUGCGCGUUGCCCAGGGAUCCGGGGUCACGGAGCGCGAGGUGAAGGAACUCAUAGCGCAGUACACGAAAUUUGCGGCUGUUGUGAAGAAAAUGGGGGGCAUUAAGGGGCUCUUCAAGGGUGGCGAUAUGGCCAAGAAUGUGAAUCCCACGCAAAUGGCUAAACUCAAUCAGCAAAUGGCUAAAAUGAUCGAUCCACGGAUGUUGCAGCAAAUGGGAGGAAUGUCCGGACUCCAGAGUAUGAUGCGACAACUGCAGCAGGGCGCAGCUGGUGGCUUGAGUAAUUUAAUGGGAGGUUUCGGGAAAUCCUAAUUAUUUUCUACUGCGGAAAAUUAUUAAUUGAAAUAAAUGAAAAGUAAGAUUUUUUGCGUUUUAAGGUCAA